GGCCUCGUGGUUGCUGGAGAGGACGGCUCUUGCCGAAUCGAUCCAUAACUAUUCAAUACUUCUAGCAUUUUGGAAUCACUCUUGCUUGGAGUAUUGCCAUUUGCGACAGAUUACCCAUAUUUGGGGUUGCUUGUAGCCGACUUUUCAAUUGCCACCGCAUCACUUUUACAUCAAAACGAUUAUCAGAGAACUUCGGUAUGGAGAAACGUGUUCAACCGGUUUGGAAGCCGCCGGUACCAACCGAACGGACUAUCUUACCGGAGAUAGUGUUAUUUAAUAGUCUUACUUUGCAAAAGGAAAAAUUUAUUCCAGAGCAGGGGAAGCAGAUAAAAUGGUACACAUGCGGACCGACUGUCUACGAUUGGUCGCAUAUGGGACACGCCAGGACUUAUAUCGCUUUCGACGUAUUGCGCAGGAUUUUCCGUGAUUACUUUUCCUUCGAUGUACUUUACGUGCUAAACAUCACGGAUAUUGAUGAUAAGGGCUAGACAAAACCAUUUGA